GCGGGGACCCGCUCGCCCUGCCCUCCGCCCAGCUCCGCCCCCUCCCUGCUCCGACCCCGCCCCGGCCCCGCCCCCGAGCCUGCCGGGAGGAUGUGAGCUCAUUCCCUCCUCCGUGUUCCGGCCUCCUCCAGGAAGCGUCCUCCGGAGGGCUCAGCCAGCUCCCGGCCAGCCGCCCGCGGGUCGCCGGGUCCGCAGCGCGCCAGGUCCCACCCGACUCCGCACCUAACGCGGCGUCGACCUUGUGGGUGCGGGAUGAAGGCAGACGGAGCGAGCGCCCAGCGAAGCCUGAGCUACCGGGCUGGGGCAGUGUCCCCGGCGUAGGCACCGGGUACCGGUCCCGACCAGCGUGCCCUCGGCUCGCUUCCGGCCGGGUCACGUGACCGCGCGCACGUGUUCCGGCCCCCUCGGAGCUGCGAUCCGCAGCGUCCCCCCCCGACAACACCACGGGCGGAUGCCCAUCUAGAGGCAGAGCAGCCUUCGCCAUGAACCCCAGAGGCCUGUUCCAGGACUUCAACCCCAGUAAGUUCCUCAUUUAUGCCUGCUUGCUCCUCUUCUCCGUGCUGCUGCCCCUGCGCCUGGACGGCAUCAUCCAGUGGAGCUACUGGGCGGUCUUCGCCCCCAUCUGGCUGUGGAAGCUCCUGGUCAUCGUGGGCGCCUCGGUGGGUGCGGGCGUGUGGGCCCGCAACCCUCGCUACCGUACCGAGGGGGAAGCAUGCGUGGAAUUCAAAGCCAUGUUGAUCGCCGUGGGCAUCCACCUGCUGCUGCUCAUGUUUGAGAUACUAGUCUGCGACCGGGUGGAGAGGGGAACCCACUUUUGGCUGCUGGUCUUCAUGCCCCUCUUCUUCGUUUCCCCCGUGUCCGUGGCCGCCUGCGUCUGGGGCUUCCGACAUGAUAGGUCUUUGGAACUGGAGAUCCUGUGCUCUGUCAACAUCUUGCAGUUCAUCUUCAUCGCCCUGAGGCUGGACAGGAUUAUCCACUGGCCGUGGCUGGUGGUGUUCGUGCCCCUGUGGAUCCUCAUGUCGUUCCUCUGCCUGGUGGUCCUCUAUUACAUCGUGUGGUCCCUCCUGUUCCUGCGGUCCCUGGAUGUGGUUGCAGAGCAGCGAAGAACACAUGUGACCAUGGCCAUCAGCUGGAUCACGAUUGUCGUGCCCCUGCUCACUUUUGAGGUCCUGCUAGUUCACAGACUGGAUGGCCACAAUAUGUUCUCAUACAUUUCCAUAUUCAUCCCGCUUUGGCUCUCUUUACUGACGUUGAUGGCCACAACGUUCCGGCGGAAAGGGGGCAAUCACUGGUGGUUUGGCAUUCGCAGGGAUUUCUGUCAGUUUCUACUUGAAGUUUUCCCGUUUUUAAGAGAAUAUGGGAAUAUCUCUUACGAUCUCCAUCACGAAGACAGCGAAGACGCUGAAGACGCAUCGGUGUCAGAAGCUCCGAAAAUUGCUCCAAUGUUUGGAAAGAAGGCCCGGGUAGUUAUAACACAGAGCCCUGGGAAAUACGUCCCUCCGCCUCCCAAGUUAAACAUUGAUAUGCCAGACUAAACACACAGGCCGGGUGGGUCUUUCAGUGAAAUAGCAGCCGGACACCCUUGAAUUCCACUUUGCUCUUUUCCUGUGUUCAUCUAGCCCUGGAAUUGGAAACAGGCCCUUCUCAUUUUACACUCACUAUGAGACUGAAGUCUCCUGCAGUGGUCAUUAUGUACUGUAGGCAGCAGAAGGAGCCUGUAGGACUGUGGGGUGUGCACAUAAUAGCUUUCCAGGUCCACGUCCUACAAGCUAGCCAAAGGCGAAAAAUCGAAUUGUUUCUAGGCCUUCAAAAGACCUGAAAACUACAUAGCUCUGUUUGUUUUAAAGUGCUACUUAACGCCUACCAAAAGUAUUGUUUAAAAAGUAUUUUUAUACACUGCUAGUCUAAAAUUGUAUUUUAGAUCGUGCCCAUUGUGACGUAAUGGCAAAUAUACCACCACCACCACCCCCACUGUUCCCUGAACCUCACAGCUGGUGUUUCUAGUGCUCUCAAACAGUUGUCUUCUUUGGGCUUUGCCGACACAGGUCUCUAGUAUUCUAAUAGAUGAAUUUUCUAAUAGAGUGAAUCUGCAUAUAUUAGUAUUUAUAUGAAUGUUUUAGCAGUGUUACCUGUGUUGAAUUGUAGUUCUUGGCAGUAAUGUAUUGUGUUAAAGUAUUUUUUUAAGUUUC